GCCGCCCAGCUCCGCGGAAGCUGCCGGCGCCGCCAUGGUGGAGGCCUGGUAUAUGGAUGAAUCCCAGGAGGACCAGCGGGCUCCCCACAGGCUGGAGCCCAACCGCGCCGUCAGCCUGGAGCAGCUGCGCCGCCUCGGCGUCGCCUACCGCAGAUUGGAUGCUGAUAACUAUGAGACUGACCCACAUCUGAAAGAGAUUCGGGAAGCAGAAAAUUAUUCUUGGAUGGAUAUAAUAACUAUACAUAAAGACAAGUUGCCAAAUUACGAAGAAAAGAUAAAAACAUUUUAUGAAGAGCAUUUACAUCUAGACGAUGAAAUUCGUUACAUCUUAGAUGGAUCUGGCUAUUUUGAUGUUCGAGACAAAGAUGACAAAUGGAUCCGGAUUUCCAUGGAGAAAGGAGACAUGAUAACCCUCCCUGCUGGCAUAUAUCACCGAUUUACACUGGAUGAGAAUAACUACGUGAAAGCAAUGAGGCUUUUUGUUGGAGAACCAGUCUGGACAGCAUACAACAGACCAGCUGAUGAUUUUCCUGCUCGGAAACAGUAUAUGAAGUUUUUGGCCGAAGAAGCACAGUAAUGAUGUCUGAGACCUGACAGGUGGAAUAGCCUGAAGCCAAGUAGAAUAAAUGUGAUUGGUGUUCUUUCAACUGAUUACACUACUAGUUGCAUAUACACUUAGAAUCACAGAAUCACAGAAAAAUGUAGGUUGAAAGGUCAUUUGGAGGCCAUCUAGUCCACUCUGAAGCAUGGGGCCAACUUCAAAAUUAGAUAUACGGCCUCUUGGGUUUUGAAAAUCUCUGGUGCAGGAGACUCCACAGUCUGUCCAGGCACCUCUUCCAGUGCUCAGUCAGUCCCACAGUCAGGAAGUUUUCUUUUUUAUGGCCAAAUCCCCUGGCACAGCUUAUAAUUGUUUUCUUUUGCCUUGGAAAGAAUCUGGCUCUGACUUCUUUGCAGUCCCCUCUCUAGUGGGAAACUCUGGUUAUGUCUCCUCUCAGCCUUCUCAUCUCCAGGCUAGACAAACAAGUGUCCUAAACUGGACUUUGGCAAUCCAAAUUGUUUAUGAAGGUAAACAUGAUUGUCCCUGUUUUUGACUACUGAGGAAUGUCACUUGUAACUAGCUGACAGUUAAACUUCAACGAGUCCAGUGGCCCAGAUUUUUUUCACCCACUGUGUAGUUGUUAUCCUCAGCCUGACUACAGUGCUACAGUGGGGAACAGUUGAAAGCCUUACUGCAAUCCACUGUUUUCCUCUGCUGCAGAGCCAGUUAUUUUCUCUGAGAGGGCCUGCAGAAUGGUCAGACAGAAUGUGCCUCUGGUAAAUUGUUGCUGACCUUAUGUUUUCAAUCUCCUAUUUUGUGUGCCUAGAAUGGCUUCUGUAAUGGCUUGUUAUAGAAUCAUAGGAUCAUUAAUGGUGGGAAAGACCACUGAGAUCAUCAAGUCUACCUUUCAGCCAUCACCACCGUGCCCCUUUGUGCCAUGUCUACUCUUUUCUUGAACAUCUCUGGGCUCGGUGAUUCCACCACCUCCCUGGACAGCCUGUUCCAAUGCCUCACCACUCUGAGAAGAAAUGUUUCCUAACAUCCAACCUGAACCUCUCCUGGCCUUUGAGGCAGUUAUCUGUCAUCCUAUCACCGCUUACCUGGGGGAAGAGGCCAAUUCCCACCUCGCUACAACCUCCUUUCAGGCACUUGUGGAGAGUGAGAAGGUUUCCUCUGAGCCUCCUCCAGACUAUUCCAUAGUUUGCCUGGGGACUGAAGUAAGGCAGGUCAGCCUCUUUUCCCCCACAUCCUAUUACUCUCCUUUUUGAAGAUGGCAGUAACAGUUGCCUUUUUCUGGCCACGAUGAUCUCCAUGAUCUCUAGGACCUUUCAGAGGUGCCUUGCAGUGCCAUUAGCCAUAUACAUUUACAGUUGCUCAGGAAUCCAUUUUCUGACCUUUUUCUCUUGAUGUUUUUGGCAGGUAGACUUGGGAGAGCUGGGCUCCGUUAAUAUUCAUUCUGCUCUGAAUCAGUGCUAAUGAACUACGUAGGAUUCUGUUUUUAAUUAAAGAGAAUAAGCCCUACUUCAUUCUUGUCUAAAAAUGUUCAUAAGAUAAAUCUACAUAAUCAGCAUUUUAGCAUGCAGCCUCCCUCAUUCUGACCUAGUACAUAAAGCUUUGGUUUUCUCUCAGCAAAAUGUAGCAGUUUUCUCCUGUGAUUUAUUAAUAAAAUUAAUUUGACUUUGGGGUA